AUGUCCGAAAUAAUGUUAAAAUCUAGUUAUUCAGACGCCAUCAUGGUUGUCGAAUCAGACGAUUCUGGUUUUCGCCAACUGGAAUACUUCUCUUUAGUUUCAAAAGUAUGCACAGAAUUAACAAAUCACUUGGGUUUAGAUGAUAAAGUCCUGGCUGAAUUUGUUAUUCAUUUGGCUAAGAAAAAUCCAACGUUUGAAAAAUUCAAAAGUGCUUUGGAAAGGAAAGGCGCAGAGUUUACAGACCCAUUAAUAGCCAGUAUUUUACGUCUAGUUGAGAAAAUGCUCCCCAAGAAGGAAAAAGUUAUUAAAAAGAAGACACUAACAUCUUCAUCCAACAAGAAAGAUUCAGAGGUAGAUGUUGUCAAAAACAAACUAGAAUUAAGAAAGCGACUUUUACCUGCGUUGUGUAUGCCAAAUAAAGAUCCAAACGAUGAGCGAUUAAAUUUAGAAUCUGAAAAUGUAGAACCAUGCGGUGAUAAUGGUAAAAAGGACGGGAUUCGUAACAAAUUCGUUCAUCCUGAUGAACUGGAAGAGGAAUCCCAUAAUAAUAAUGACAUCAAUGAUAAAAAUAAUUGUGUAGAUGAUGUUGAAGCUUUGGCUAUGAUUAAAGACUUAGAAUUAUUGUUAUCCGGUGCUAAAGAAGCAUCCUUAUCCAAGUCAAAGCCAUGUGACGAAAAGAAAAGUGAAGAUAGACGUGCUCGUCGUUCACAUUCUAAAUCUCCUCAUCGUUCACGACAUUCAAACAGAAGAGCUCACCAAAGAAAUCCUGAUGCAUCUAGUGAUUAUCGUGGUCAUCGUAAAAAGUCCAGGUGA